AUGAAUGAUUAUCAACAGCUCUCAUCAGAUGUUUCAGAAACUGAAAAACCUCUGAAACAUGAAGAAUUGACACCUAGGGAAAAGGAAAUCAAAACAUUGGAGGAAAGCAGGGAUGAACACAUCAAGAAAUGGAAAGAGCACAAAAAGGAAGUUGGAAAAAUGACAGUUGAAUUCUGGGAAGCUAAAGCAUACGUGUCAGUAUGUAUGAUGGGCGUCUGUUGCAUGGCUACAAAAGAAAUUUCCCUAUGUAUCACCAUGAGUAAACAGUUAUUUAAAUACCUUGUGGUCCUCGAGAUUCUCAUCAUCCUAUUUCCACUUGUAUAUUUUAUAAAACGCGGACACCUAGUAAAAACAGAAAACAAAGCAAGAAAUGAAGACAUUGAAGCGGAAGGCGACAUGGGAAAAAUAAUUUUCGAUUCUGAGAAAGAAGGGAAUGAAGAGUAUUUGGAGUUAUAUAUGGAACAAUUGAAAAAGUUUAAUGAUGUCAAAUCAAAAGAAGUUUCGAUUUUGCAAGAAGAAGUCCGGUUGAUGAGGGAAAAGAAUAUCCGCUGGGGAAUAAUCGCAGCCGUAAUGUUCGCUUCAUCCUUCUGGAUUUGUCAGAUUCAUAUGGAGUUGAUAGCACUCCAUACUGGCAACAAAGUGGACGAGGAAAAAGCGGAGAAUCAGCGCGUAGCGACUAUCCCAGCAAGUUUAGUGGCCCUUCAGAGAGUUGCGCAUUACAUCAUCGAUUUUAUAUGUUGGCCCUUUUGCUUUCUGUUCAGUGCUUGUAGUCGAUUAAUUCGUAGCUGCUGGAAACGUCGAAACCAGAUAAUUCAUAAAUUACAGCAUGUAUAG